ACGAAUCUAGUAUACCCUUUUACUCUACGAGAAACGGGUAUAAAAAUCGAUUUCUGGACCACAGUUCACUGCGAGUAUUCUUACUCGAACCAAUUCCCCCAAAAAUAAGAGGGAAAGAGGGAUACUUGGCCGCCGUAUGCGAACACAAUGCCCGAGAACCGGCGAUACGGUCUGGUGAUAACAAACCAGAGUUCGGACGCGGACGGUGUGGACACCGUUGCCCUAAUUGUGAACGCCAACCGACGCCGAUGCAAUGCCGCGCUGUUCUUCUUACUUAUAACGGGGAUUUCAUCUGGCGCUGCUGUUUGCCACCAUAGGCUUCAUACCUCAACCUUAGCUAACAUGACGUUCGACUCCAGCAUGCUAGUGGUCUGCGAGGAUGAGGAAACAGCCCAAUGGGUCAUGUCAGCCGUCUAUGGUAUGUGCCCGCCGCACUCCUGCCAGCCCUUAAUCGAGUUCUUCGGCCUCCUGAGGACGUGAGGAGUCGCAGAACCCGGGCCUAAACACCGACAAGUGGGCCGUGGUCAAUCGCUCCACCCUAGACUGCAAUGAUGUGGAGCGGCAGGUCCCUCAGUUCUGCG